UGGUCACUUUGCUGCCGCUGGGCGGAAACAACGGCGGAGGCCGGAAGCGGCAGUAAGGAGUGGGUGAUGCGGGUUGGGCCGCCGUUUCCAUGGUAGUGUGGCCCGGUGAGCGGUGAGGGCCUAGCAGAGGAACCUUUCCCGGCAGCGGGAUGACGGGCCUGAGCUCACCAUGACCGGGGAAAAGAAAAAGAAGAAGAGGCUGAAUCGCAGCAUCCUGCUGGCCAAAAAAAUCAUCAUUAAAGAUGGAGGGACGAGGCAAGGGGUUGGCGAACCAAGCGUCUACCAUGCUGUGGUGGUUAUAUUCCUGGAAUUUUUUGCCUGGGGUCUGUUGACAACUCCUAUGUUAACGGUGCUGCACCAGACCUUCCCCCAGCACACCUUCCUUAUGAAUGGUUUGAUACAUGGAGUAAAGGGUAUCCUGUCUUUCCUAAGUGCCCCCCUCAUUGGAGCACUGUCAGAUGUUUGGGGAAGAAAGUCCUUCCUUCUGCUCACUGUCUUUUUCACCUGUGCCCCAAUCCCCUUGCUUAAGAUCAGUCCGUGGUGGUAUUUUGCAGUUAUCUCCAUGUCAGGAGUCUUUGCUGUCACAUUCUCUGUAAUAUUUGCCUAUGUUGCUGACAUCACACAGGAACAUGAAAGGAGCACCGCAUAUGGCCUGGUCUCUGCUACUUUUGCUGCCAGCUUAGUAACGAGUCCUGCCAUUGGUGCAUACCUGGCUCGUGCUUAUGGUGACACUUUGGUGGUAGUUUUGGCUUCUGCUGUGGCCCUGCUGGAUAUUGGCUUCAUCCUGCUUGCUGUCCCAGAGUCAUUGCCUGAGGAGAUGCGACCGGUAUCCUGGGGUGCACCUAUAUCUUGGGAGCAAGCUGACCCCUUCGCGUCCUUGCGGAAAGUGGGCCAGGACUCAACUGUCCUCCUCAUCUGUAUCACUGUGUUCCUGUCUUACCUACCUGAGGCCGGACAGUACUCAAGCUUCUUUUUGUAUCUACGACAGGUUAUUGGCUUCACUUCGGAAACAGUAGCUGCUUUUAUCGGUGUUGUUGGAAUACUGUCAAUCUUGGCUCAGACAGUGGUUUUGGGAGUCCUUAUGAGAUCUAUCGGAAAUAAAAACACAAUCCUGCUUGGACUCGGCUUCCAAAUUCUACAGUUGGCCUGGUACGGCUUUGGCUCUCAGCAGUGGAUGAUGUGGGCUGCAGGAGCUGUGGCUGCAAUGUCAAGCAUUACCUUUCCAGCUAUCAGUGCAGUUGUGUCUCGCAAUGCAGAUCCAGACCAGCAAGGUGUAGUGCAGGGGAUGGUGACUGGAAUUCGUGGCCUUUGUAACGGGCUGGGGCCUGCUCUCUAUGGAUUUGUGUUUUAUCUGUUUCACGUAGAGCUUAAUGAAAUGGCAGAUGUGGAACCUGCAGGCAAAGCUCUUAAACCCAAUAUGGCCAAUCCUUCAGAUGAGAGAAGCAUAAUCCCAGGACCUCCCUUCUUGUUUGGGGCCUGCUCUGUGCUGUUGUCCCUGCUUGUUGCACUCUUCAUCCCAGAACACACUAGUCUCGCAGUGCGCUCUGGGGCUCACAAGAAGCAUAGUAAUGGUGCACAGAGCCAUGCCCUACUUCCACCAACACACCUACCUGAAGGUAAAGAGCCACUGCUGGAUGACAGCAGUGUAUGACCCAAGGACUCUGCCAUGGGAACCAGAGACUACACAAGGGCAACACAACGUACUGUGCUAUUAUCUGUGUGGGGAGAGCCAGCAGGGACCAAACUACAGAAGAUCAAGGAUUGGGACAUUUCUCUUUCCCACAGCCUGGGAAUGGGAUGUGGCAGCUGUCAAGCACACUACAACAGCAAUCAAUUAUGCCACUUAUCCAAGCAGAAAUAUUACAAAUUGGUGAGAAACCUGUGAAAACAAGCACGGACUGGCAAACAUCUGGAGAUUAGUGGGGUUUAUACUGUCACUUUUGAAGGUGGGGAGUGCAGCCUAUGCUGUCAGGGCAAGGGGUGACCAACUUGGGUUAUCAGUUGCCAAAGCCAGGCAGUGAAACCUGAAUUUGCCUCUAUCCCAAAUGGAUACGGUAUAAAUGGAAUAAAUGCCCUUUCCUUGUUUUUAAAUAUUUACUAUUGAAUGAGCUUUAAGCAGGAAUUAUUCUCUACCUUUUGAUUUUCCCCAUUUUCUUAUGCAUCUCACCCCUGCACUAGUGUGUGUAGCCCCUGAGAGGUCUGAGUUGGAUAAAGAGCUCUCACCUUGGUCUGACUGACCAGCUACUCUCUGUACAGAAUUAAAACAAAAAAGUUUUCCCUA